AACUGGUAGCUUUCAUAGCUUAAUUUAAUCAUUUACAUUAUCUAAUAUCUGCCCUUGUAAUCUUAUGGGGUGUCUUUAGUUCAAAAUUCAAAAACCUUCUUAUUUUUCUUCAUGUAUAUAUAGGACCUUGGCCUAUUUGGUACCAUAACAAAGAAACACCCACAGCCUCAAGAAAAAGAAGGAACAAAAAGAAACCACAAAUUUAGACACCCUUUCAAUCCCAACCCACAUGGAAAUGGAGUCUGCUUUCUUCCAAUUUUCAAGUCCUUCAGAUUUCUCAUCGGAUUCCUCCUUCGGUUCACUAGACUCCUUUUCAUGGGAUGAUGAAUCACUACAACUUCCUUUCAAUAGUCAUGAGUUGAUGAAUUUUUCACCGUUUAGCAUCAACGACUCCCAAGAUACGUUGCUGCACGAUGUGGUGGCCAGAAGCGCAAAACAGACAUUUGUUGCACAGAACGAGGCGAACAACUUCAAUAGGGUUAAAGAAGAGGAGGUGACUUCAGCCAACAGCCAAACCCUAGAAGAAAAAUCCACAAAGCAGAAGGCUUAUAGAGGGGUGAGGAGAAGGCCUUGGGGAAAAUAUGCUGCCGAAAUAAGAGACUCAACAAGGAAUGGAAUUCGGGUUUGGCUCGGCACAUUCGAUAGCCCUGAGGCAGCUGCUUUAGCUUAUGACCAAGCUGCAUUUGCGCUGAGGGGUUCUUUGGCUGUGCUUAAUUUUCCAGCACAAGUUGUCCAAGAGUCUCUUCAAGAAAUCGAGUAUAGACACGAUGAAGCGUGCUCACCUGUCAUCGCACUUAAGAGGAGGCACUCCAUGAAAAGAAAGUCGAUGCACAAAAAGUGUAAUAAACUAGUUAGCCAAUGCACGGAUCAAAGAAAAGUAAAUGAGGUUUUGCCACAAAAUGUGAUGGUAUUAGAGGAUUUGGGCGCUGAGUAUUUGGAAGAACUUUUGGACAUAAGCUCCAGUGGAAGUAAUAACUGGUGUCCGCAGUAAAAAAGAAUCAUAAUAUUUAUCUUUCAGAUAUAUAUAUAUUUUUUUAAUUAAUUAUUAUGUUAAUUUUCUUUCCUUCA